CAACCUGUUUCACACAAAAUAUAUUCUCAGAAAACAAACUUUGCGUUACGAUCUUCAUGUUGUCUAAUAUAUGUCAAUAAAUAGCAAAAAACUUUCGAAGUGACCAUGCCGAAAAAAAUGGGUAUUAAUACUAAAGCUGUAGAAGCACGGGAGCGCAAAGCCGAAGCCAAAAAGAAUGAAAAGGAAAAGGCAGCUAAAGCGGCGGAAGAUGCCCUCUGGGUUGACGAUGAUAAACAGCUGGCAAAGAAAAGAAAACAAAAGGAAGACGAAGAACGCAAGCGAGCCGAACAAGCUCGUAAGAAAGCGGAAACCAAAGCCCUUUUGGAAAAAGAACUGAACUCCAUUCAGACCGCUCCAAAGGUAUCCAUUCAGAAAAUAACCCGCUCUCAGAUCGAAGCCGAGGUAGAGAAACGCAAUCGAGCAGUCGAAGCCAUCAACAAUCCUCCGAAGGCUGUAGUUCCGAAAGUUAUACCUCUGGAAGAAAAUUUGAACCGUGUUAUGGCCAAUACGGAAGUGGCGCAAACUAUUGAUCAGGCAUUGGCGGUACUAAGCGUGAAAGACGGAGAAGACCGGCACCCAGAGAAACGAAUGAAGGCCGCCUACAAAGCUUACGAGGAGGAACAGUUAUCCAUUAUGAAGCAGGAGUAUCCGUCGCUGAAGCUGUCUCAACUAAAACAGAUGAUUUUCAAAAACUGGCAGAAGUCACCCGAGAAUCCGUUGAAUCAGAAUAACUAGCUACAGAGCUGAGAAUGUAAUCGUGAUGAAAAUGUCAAUCCCAUGUGUAAACAGCUAAACAUUACAAAUCGAAGGUUUAUUUUUUGUUAAUGCGUUUAUUUGAAUUUCCAAAUUGUAUGAUAAAGGUUUUUAAACCAUAUUUUCUUUCCCGAGUUUAACUCAGACAGAUUAUAACAGCAAAACAUACACUUUGACAACACAUUGUAAGAUUACU